GAGUCCCGGUGCAGGAUGUCCGAGCGGCCGGGCCUUCCCGCGCCCGUCAUCAUGUGCCCGGGCGACUCCCCGAAGCGCGUCCUGGUCUCUGUCAUCAAGACCACCCCCGUCAAGCCGCCCCGCGGAGGCGAUGGCCGCGCCCCUCCGCCGCCGCCCAUCCCCACCAGCCCGGGCUUCAGCGACUUCAUGGUCUACCCGUGGCGGUGGGGGGAGAACGCGCACAACGUCACCCUCAGCCCCCCGCCGGCCACGCCGCAGCCUCUCCGCGAUGGCGGCGGCGGAGGAGGAGGACCAGGGGGCGGCGGCGGCGGCGGCGGCGUCCGUGGAGCCGCGGGGCGCUCGGGCGGAGAGGACGAGGAGGCGGGCAGCCCGGACAGCGGCAUCGGGGGCGGCGGGCACUUGAGGGAUGGGACUAGGAGAGGUCGACCAAGAGCAGACACUGUCCGAGAUCUAAUAAGCGAGGGAGAGCACUCUUCAAGCAGGAUUCGUUGUAGUGUUUGCAACAGAGUAUUCCCACGAGAAAAGUCUUUACAGGCCCACAAAAGAACUCACACUGGUGAAAGGCCUUAUUUGUGUGACUACCCAGAGUGUGGGAAAGCUUUUGUUCAGAGUGGGCAACUUAAAACACACCAACGUCUCCAUACAGGGGAAAAACCUUUUGUGUGCGCAGAAAAUGGAUGCGUAAGCAGAUUCACGCAUGCAAACCGUCAUUGUCCCAAACAUCCAUAUGCAAAGCUGAGGAGAGAAGAACCAACAGACAGACUGAAUAAAAAGCAAACUGCAGAGAACAAAGCUGUUGCUGAAUGGCUAGCAAAGUACUGGGAGAUGAGAGAACAGCGCACUCCUACAUUGAAAAGCAAAACUACUCAUAAGCCUGACCAGGAGCAGCAGGAUCCCAUGGAAUACCUUCAGUCUGAAGAUGAGGAGGAGGAGGAAAAAAAUAUUGCCCAUUCAGUUUCUUGUAGCCGCCUACAAGAACAGCGCGAACGCUUGCAUGGAGCACUGGCACUCAUUGAGCUUGCCAAUUUGGCUGGGGCACCAUUACGACAGUGAUAGAAGAACUGGACCUGCUGAUUAAAAAGUACUGCAUUUGGUACUUAAAACCAGUUAGCUCCUGGGCAUAAGCUAAGCACCUUAUUUGCUUCUAUAGGCUGCUAUUCUGUAGAAUUUAUGAAGAAUGUUGUCGCCCCAGAAAAUGGGGUAAGAGAAUUGCACUUUUUUUUUUGUAUGAGAAAGUCAGAUGUAAAGCUUUUUAAAGUAUUUUGUAAAUAGGAGACUGUAUAAUGCAGAGUGGGAAAUGCUCAUUUUAUGGAAAGCUAGAUUUGCAAAGUUAGGGCUUUGCUCUUAAUCACAAUUAUGUGGAAGUGAGUCACUGCAAUCAGUGGGGCUUGCCUCUGUGUAAAAGUGUGUAAAGUCAGAAUUCCUGUCAUUCUUUGAUACAGUUUUCACAGGAAGCACUUUCUGAACUCGAUUAGAUUAGAAUGAUGGUACGUAUAUUCAAAGAAAAUAGCUGAAACCUUUUUUAAAAAAUUGGAUGUAAACAGUGAUGCAACCAUGGUUUUUCAGACAUCAAUAUUUUACCUAGCAUUGCUCGCAAGAACGCUAGAAAUAGCUGUUGUAACCUUGUAGCAGCAUAGAAUCACUGGGUAGUAUGUCGUUCAGGAUCUUCACUGUGACUACUGACAUGGAGACUGACUUUCCUUUAGGUAGGCUGAGGUCUUGGCAGUCUCUUGGUUGAGUAGCACUUGUUGUUCCCAACAGAAUAUUGGGAACAUUUGCACAUUGUUGGACUCAUCUAUGAUAACUGAGUGAUACAUAUUGCAAAUUCUAGGCAUCAUGGUAACAUUCCAUCAAUUGAGGAUUUCUUUCAGAUUCAGACCCUAUAACAAUGGGAUUUGUUUUUGGUAAUGGGGAUAUUUACAGGGUAGCAUUGGUUUUAGUAAAAGACAGCAAACACUAAUACUGCUUCAGAAGAUUUUAUUGCAGAUAGAUAUUUCUUGCAUAACGCCACCUUAUUGCUUCCAUUUGAAAUGUUACAUACCAAGUUUUGUGUUCACUAGCUAGUACAGUUAUUGAUAAAAGUAUUUGCUAUACAAUUAGUAAAUUAGGCUUCCAGAAGUAGUUGCAAGUGUGGAAUAUAUGGAUUAGUAUUUUUUCCCUUUCCCCCCAAAUUAAGAUAUAGGGAUAGCACUUAGUGUUCUUGAGCACUCAACGGAAAAAAAAGUUAUAGCCUUAAUAGUUUUAAGUUAUCAUAUGCCAGGCAUGUGCCUUUCAUAGCGAUUUGUGAUCAAAUUGAGUAGAGGUGCAUAAUAGACUAAGAGAAUUUUAUGCUCCUGUUUUUAG